AAACUCAAAACAGAUUGAAGAAAAUUGGUAAAAAUUGUCGAAUAUGUCAAAGAACGAGUGCGAGGCAGCGGAGCGAGAGGUAAGGCUGGAGGGCUUGGCAAAAUUUAAUAGGCAUCUGCAGAGCAAUGAGGUGUUAACGCUGCACUACCUGGGACUGCCGUAUAUGGUGCUGUGUCGCAGUCCGCAGCUGCGCCUCAAGCUGCCACUGAGCACCCACAACUAUCAGAAUGGCGGCACCACUGCGCGUGGCAUUGCGCUGCAGCUGAUCGUCACCUGCCCCGUCAACUAUCCGCUGCAGUUGCCACGCAUCGAUCUUGCCGAGCAGCGCAAUGUGAGCGUUCGCCUGGAGACCAAACUGCGAGCACAGAUCGCUCGGGCGCUGGAUCAGCACAUGGGUCUGCAGAUGAUUGUGCCGGUUGUGACCCUGGUGCAAAUACUGCUCAACAACGAAGUGAGGCUGCAACAUUAAAAUGGCGCAUUUCUCGUAAAGGUUGAGUGUCUUUUGCUGUCCUAACUGUAACGGUUGCCAACUGUGCACAGAGAGAAAAAAGUGUAGCGACUACAAUUAAGUAAUAACUAGAUGCACAGAGAGAAAAUAAUGUGGCAACUAGACUUCCAAUAAUAAUAACAAUAACAACCACAGCAAAUAAUAUCUGGGAACAAGA